CACCCCACUCAAACAUACACAAAAAAAAAAAUAUGUAAAAAAAAAAAAGUGGGCAAGAAAAAUAUAAGUGAAAACGCGAGACGGUUUGAGAAAAUGACGGCUUAUUUACAGAGUGGACACCCCCUUGGACGGAUAUAUUUAUACAGUUAACACUUGGUCCAAACUUUCAAUAGAUUGGACAUUUGCUGAGCUAACACGCAGAAUAUUGGCGGGAAAUUGUGUCAACCAUUGCUGAUAUCAUUCAUGUCCGUGGUCUGGUAGUUUCCUGAACAAAUGUCUGACAAACUUUUUGACGAUAUUACUGACAUGGGAAUACUGGCACAUGUUUACAAUACACACUAUCACCAUGAUGAGAUUGUAAAUGGAUAAGAAUGAGCUCACAGAAAUUAACCUCAUCCACAUCCACAGCAGUAAGAAUCAAAAUCUGCUUCUAGAUCUAUGUUGAUUCUAUGGAUUCUUGUACUCUUCAAUGUAAAGGAUUUCUUGGUCUGACUGCCGGGAGAGUUACAUUUGUGAUCUAAUUAUUUAUUCUUUUUGAAUUUGAAAAUAUAACAUUUUGGUACAGGUUGGUUCAAACCAGAUUCUUAAGCAGAGAUGAAAACGAUAAGGUGCAGAGGGGAGUCAGGACACUAGUGUCAAGCUGGAACCGCCCCUGAUCCACAGAUGAGAAUUCGUCUUCAACUGUCUUUCAGUUAUGUCCCUUAAGACGUCACUCAACACUGGGACGCCACAAAGAUCUAUACCAGAGUUCAUUUGAACCUGUUUCCAGGAGGAAUAUAUCUCAGCUGAGCUUCUUCGGGAAAUCAGCGCCAUUGUGCUUGGAUUUAGGCGUUUAAAAAAAACAAACAAGAUAAACCAAGACAGGUCAAAGAAAAAAAAAAUCAAAACUAUGAUGUUCUUCGCAGACAAUACGUCUCUGGCGCCUUUCACAGCCAUGUACAACGCCUCGUCUGGGGGGCCCAACGCCACGGCCAUCCCCAUAGAGAGCAGCACCACCUCGGUCCACGACCUAAUGUACAGCUUCACCCUCAGGCUGGCCAUCCUGUACGUUCAGAUCGUGGUGGGGAUCAUUGGCGCCCUGUUUCUCUUCUAUUACAUGAUCAGGGCGCGAAGGAGAAUUGAUCAUCCGUCUCCAAAAAGACUGACUCGAGUGAACUCUUUGAUUCUCAACCUGUGUGUGGCGGACCUGAUGGUCAUCUGUAUCUCCUGCCUGUCCCAACUGGUGUGGGAACAUCUCCACAGGCACUGGCUGGCCGGCGACGUCAUGUGCCGCCUUGUCAAAAUGCUGCAGAUCUUCUCCGUGUGUGCCAGCACCAACAUGCUGGUCGUCAUCGCUGUAGACAGGCACCAGGCCAUCACGGCGCCCUUGAAGAAACAGUUUUCAGUUAUGAUCAUGGUCUCUAUAGGAUGGGGCAUGGCCCUACUCUGUUCUACGCCGAUGCUCUACGUGUUCCACCUUAGAUAUGAUCACAUCAAGAACAUGACCGUCUGCGAGAACAUUUUUCGCAGUAAGGACAUCAGCCAUCGCCAAGCUUUCCUCACCUACGCCGCGCUGGUCAACUUCCUCAUUCCCCUCAUCAUCCUGUGUGUUUGCUACAUUCGCAUCUUCCUGAAGAUCGCCCGCAAGGCCUCCGACUGCCGGACCUCGAAGCGGCAGAGCUUCAAGCCAGGGAAGAUCCAUCUCACCAGCAACACAACGUCGGCCACCCUUCAUAGCGCCAAGCUGAAGACCCUAAGGAUGACCGUCGUCAUCGUCAGCUGCUUCAUCGUGUGCGGUCUGCCCUACUUCAUCGCAGAGAUGAUCAUGUCCUACGGCAACCACAACAUCCUCAAGCCUAACGUCUACGCCCUGCUGGGUGGAAUAGCGGUGGCCAACUCCGCGGUCAACCCUUACAUUUUCCUGCUCUUCAGCGUCAAUUUAAAAUGCUUGAGAAACCUGAAGCUAUGUCCGGCAAAGACUGGACCCAACAACCGACAGCUCAUGUACAACGGCAGUGUUCGGUCGAGAGAGUACUCGUCGGCGGCGUAUUCACGUACCCCAAUGACGGGGGUCUCGACAGAAUCCUUCGAGUUGAGUACCGCAGGGAACAAGGGUCGUAAACCAAGCUACAACAGAUCGAUAUCGAACCAAAGAAACAACAGAGGCAAUAAGUAAUCAAUCAGUUUCACCUGGAUUGGUUCGAUGUCAUUCUAUUUCAUCUUUACAAUACUCUCAAAGACUGCAGCAACUACUUUUAGAAGACUUCACAACAUCGGAUACUCUCCGAGUAUUUCUGAAAAUGAUUGGACACGUGAUAAUAACCGUGAUGUGUCUAGAAAAAGAAAUCUUCUUUAAAAAAGUUUAGUUUUUAUUUUUCAAUAAUGUCUUUUUGCCGUAUCAGCAAAACAGAAAAUAAUUAACGAUUAAACAUCCCAGAUUUUUUUUUAAAGUUUGCCAGCAAGAAAAAAAAUUUUCCUUCUUCAUCAAUUAUUAAUAUGUCAGCCAAAAACUGAUUUCCCCUUCAUCGGAACUUGUUUGAAACGGGUGUUAGAGGACGGGAAUGUAGAACUCAAUGAAGACUCCAAGUGAGUUGGACGAGAGAUUAAGAACUGUAAAUAUAAACAUUUAUUUUUUUCUACAGACCCGCAAUGAAUGGCGGGACGUUUCUUUAUUAAGAAAUGUUUCGAUAUAUAGAGAAGAAAUUGAAAUAAAUGAAUGAUGCCAAAUCAGUUUGGCUCUUAAUUUAGAAAGCUGCUCUUCUUCUUGGGAAAUAUGAAAUGAACUAGAGGGACAACACAUUAAAUUUCGUGUCAUCAAGUGGAGACAAUACACUUCCUGUCUGAAAUCGUCUAAAUGUAGAACAAGUUUCAUUUCUGGAACUAAGACACUAAAACUAUCCAAGAUGACCGGAUGUUACAGUUCUGCAGGACAAUGAAGAAAACACUUGUACUAAAUCUCCGAUCUCCGGCACGGGAGAUAGGGAAUCAUUGUCAGUGUGUGAAAAAACCCAGGAAAUAUACAGCACUAACUCUUAUGAGGAAUGUAGAACUAAGUUGAAUUAAUGGGGUGAAAACUGAGACAACUUUACCAUAUAACUCUGCGACAAUUAGUAAUCUUAUUUUGGAGCUAUCAAAAAGAACAAUGGUCAGCGAAUGACGUUUAUGGGAAGGUAAUUUUUAAAUUGUAGCUUAGAGCAAGAUAUUAACUAUUAUCAACACCACUGUAAAGAUGGUAGCACCUUCUGACUAUGCCAAGGUAAUCAUGCGAACUCUCUCAACAAAGACUCUCGAUGAGCGUUGAAACAGACUUUUUUCCUGUGCUUUAAGUAUAUAUUGAAUUCAUUCAUUCAUAAAAUGAUGAAGCCAAUAAAACUGUGUUGGUGUUUUAAAUUUGAGAUUUCAGUUUUUACAAAAGGAGUAUACUUUUGCUUGAUUCUUUGUACAAUUAUGUAUCUGUGUGAUUC